AUGAUAAAAUCAGGAGAAAGCAGCUACGCUAAUUUACUUAAGAAAAUAAAAGAAGAAGUUGACAUUGGAAAAAUAGGUGUCAAAAUCAACAGAAUAAGAAAAACAGGAAAAAGAGAUCUUUUACUCGCGGUAGAGGGAGGGAAGGAUAGGGCUAAUAUACUAGAAAGGGAAAUCAAUACAAAAAUCGAGAACGCUAAUGUUACAACGAAUAAAACUGGAACAACAACCCUUUACAUAAUAGGAAUGGACCUAACGACACAAGAAAGCGAGCUUAAACAAGUAAUAGUUAAAGAGACAAAUAUAAAAGAAGCUGAAAUAGAUAUAAAAGUGAUAAGGAAAGGAAAAUAUGGUGAUCAAACAGAUAUAAUAGAGAUUCCAAGAUUACCGGCAGCUGUAUUAAUAAGGGAAAGAAAAUUAAAAGUCGAAUGGAUAUAUUAUGGCGUUAGAGAAAGAAUACAUGUGGUAAGGUGCUUUAAAUAUCUGGAAUAUGGACACAAAACGUACGAAUGUAUAUCAACGAAAAAUCAAGCAGAAGAAUUCAAUAAAUGUGGACAAACGGGACACAAGAAACCAUUCGGAUCUCGCUACAACUUCGUAGUCCUGUGCAUGCACUCCUGGCUAUCAUCUUCACAAAUACAGAAAAAAUCCGACAAGACUCAUAGACCAUAUACUAAUAUAACUAACGGGUUUCCACUCGGCUGGGGGAUCAGGCAAUAA